UAAGGCAAAAGAAUGAAAGAAGUAGAUAAUCUCAAAAGUAUAAAAGAAGAAUGGGUUUGUGAAACAGGAUCUGACAACCAAACUCUUAGUGAUGAUCGUCAAAGAAAUUGUGAAUAUUUUGUUGACAGCCUUUUUGAGGAAGCUGAGAAGGUUGGUGCCAAAUGCAUGUCUCCCACUGAACAGAAGAAACAGGUCGAUGUAAGUAUAAAAUUAUGGAAAAGUGGAUUCACAGUCAAUGAUGAUUUCAGAAGUUACUCUGAUGGUGCAAGUCAGCAGUUUCUGAACUCCAUCAAAAAAGGGGAAUUACCUUUGGAAUUACAGGGAAUUUUUGAUAAAGAGGAGGUGGAUGUUAAAGUUGAAGACAAAAAAAACGAAGUAUGUAUGUCAACGAAGCCUGUGUUCCAGCCCUUCUCAGGACAGGAUCACAGACUGGGAAGUGCCACACCAAAAAUUGUUUCUAAGGCAAAGAGUAUUGAAGUUGGGAAUAAAAAUAAUUUGUCAGUUGUUCAACUAAACAAUCUGGAACCCAUCACUGAUGUACAGAUCUGGUUAGCCACUGGAAAAAGGAUUGUCCAGAAAUUUAACAUUUCUCAUAGAGAGAGACACAUGCCUCCCAUACCACCUUUCCAUAAACACUUAUUAUUGCUUUUGGAUGAAUGCAAGAAUGGACGAAUGGGCAGCAUCAUAACUUCGGACCUCAGCUUCUUCAUCUAUACAACAGUCCUAGGGAGCAACUAUGAGAAUGAAUCGAACAUGCCAUGGGUUUUAGAAAGCACUCUGCAGCUCAGUGAUAAUCAUUAA